AUGGCUGAGAAAUCCAUCAGUCUUUCCACCGGCGUGGACAAUGGCGACAUCGAAAAGGUCAAGCAUGUCAAUCCAACGAUCGAAAAACACUCGCACGAUGCCGACGAGGCCAUGAAGGCCAUCGACGAGAUGCACGGAGAGACGAUAGAACUUGACGAAGCGACGAACCGUCGAUUGCUGAGUAUUAUUGACUGGCAUAUGAUGCCAAUCAUGUGUUUUAUCUAUGGAAUGAAUUAUCUGGAUAAGACAACAUUAUCCUACGCUAGUGUCAUGGGUAUCAAAGAAGAUCUGAGUCUCGAGGGUGAUCAAUACCAAUGGCUCGGCAGUCUAUUCUAUUUCGGAUAUCUCGCCUGGGAAUACCCAACCAAUCGCCUCCUGCAGCGCCUCCCACUGGGCAAAUACUCGGCGGCAUGUAUCCUCAUCUGGGGAGCGAUUUUAUGCUGUUUUGCGGCUGUUAAAAACUACCCGGGCGCCAUCGCUAUCCGCUUCAUGCUGGGUGUCUUUGAAGCGGCCGUCACACCUGGUUUUGCCCUUCUUACGUCCCAGUGGUACACCAAAUACGAACAAGGCAUCCGAGUCAACAUCUGGUUCAGCUUCAAUGGCGUAGGCCAAAUUCUCGGUGGUGUAGUGGCCUACGGUAUUGCCGUCGGCACAGCCAAGCACGGGUCUUCUAUCGAGCCUUGGAAGAUCGUCUUCAUGGUGACUGGCCUGCUGACGGUUUGUCUGGGCGUGGUAUUCCUGUGGAUUGUGCCCGAUAACCAGCUCAAUGCGCGCUGGUUGAAGAAGGAAGAUCGCGUGUUGGCGAUUGCUCGUGUUCGCAUUAACCAGCAGGGCAUUGGUAACAAGCAUUUCAAGCUCUAUCAAGUGAAAGAGGCGCUGUUGGAUCCCAUGACCUGGGCAUUCUUCUUCUACGCGAUUAUCGCGGAUAUCCCUAAUGGCGGUAUCACCAACUUCUUCAGUCAACUGAUCAAAGGGUUCGGUUACACCGAGGAGCAGAGUCUCAUCCUCGGCGUCCCAGGCGGCGCGGUGGAAGUCAUCGCCCUCCUUCUCAACGGCUACAUCGGCCACAUCACCAACCAGCGAGUGCUGACCAGUCUCGGCGGGCUGGUCGCUUCGAUCGUCGGCAUGUUGCUAAUCGUGGCACUUCCUCUGGGAAACAACGUCGGUCGCUUGAUCGGCUACUAUCUCACGCAAGCCAGUCCGACACCAUUUGUCGCGUUGCUCUCGCUGAUUUCUUCCAAUGUGGCGGGAUACACGAAGAAGACUACCGUGGCGGCUUUAUAUCUGAUUGGAUACUGUGCAGGGAAUAUCAUCGGUGAGUGCAGUGGGCCCAAUGCCCACAAACCUUCCGCCCGAAGGAUGCCCCCCCGCUAUGUCCCCGCCGAAGUCACCAUCAUCGUCUGCUGGGGCGUGUGUUUGUUUUUGCUGGUCGGAGUGUGGAUGUGGUAUCGUCGACAGAAUCAGAAGAAGCUUCUGUUUACUGCCCGACCGGACUAUGUGCGGUUGGAGAAUCAAGAGUGGCUUGAUUUGACGGAUCGGGAGAACCCCGAGUUCCUGUAUUCUCUUUGA